CAAUUUUCAUCCAUAUUUCAAUCUCCUAAUCAAAUUUCACUCUCUUAUCUUCAAAAACGCUGCUAUGGCCGGAGGAAAAUCCAAGAGCAAGGCCUCCAAGAAGAAGACCAACGUCGAAGCAACGUCCUCUGCGCCCCAGCCGUUUCCAUACCUGGACGGCUCGUUUCUUGAGUUCGGGUCGGAGGAGGAACUCACCCGGUUUCUCUCGCACUUCGCCAAGCGUCCUAUUUUCUCCGCCCAGGGUGCUGCCCGAGUUAUACCCUCAACAAAAGGGGUACCACGACCUCGACAAUCAACUCAAAGAGUCGGCAACAUCAAUCUCUACGACAUAGAGAUUGAUUUGCCGACCUUUGCACGGAUCGCAGGGCUGCCCAUCCGAGGCGAUGACAUCGCAACAUAUGGUGGCGAUGAUUGGAUCCUCAACAACGAGGCGGUGGUCAUCCGAGAGCUUGGGAUCACCAACCUCAUCCGUCACAGCGGCGCACCAACAAUCCACUCAGCCCCGCCGGAGAAGCGUCUUCUUCUCUACAUCCUCACCCGAAUUCUUCGCCCCCGGGACAGUAGCCACACUUCUCUCUUCAACGAGGACCUCAAGGCAGUUCAUGCCAUCACCCACGGCGCCUCGAUAAAUUGGGCCAAAUACGUCAUGAUUCACAUGGCGGAUUGCGCCUCCAUCACCACCGAGAGGAGUCUGCCAUACGCCUUUCUCGUCAUGGAUCUCAUUGUUGCCUCCGACAUCCACAUCGCCGGCCCGGAUACGAAGAUGACGAAGAUUUGGAUCAUCCAAGACAGCACCUUCCGAAAGAAGUCCGGUGACAGAACCGGCGCAGAACCAAGUCGGCCACCAGUCCCCGAUCCCGCCAAGGCCUCCUUACAGUCCAUAGCCGAUACCCUGAAUCGGCUGACCAUCGCCGUGGACGGCAUGGGCCAAUACUUGGAGCGGAUGGAUAGCACGCUGCAACGCCAACACCACGACAUGAGGGCGUUCUUCCGCGGCAUCAACUACGUCCCGCCACCCUUUGACAGCACCUUCCUCGGCCAAAACUAUGAAGGCGAGGACGAGGAGGAUAACUCCUAUGCUCCGUCCUCCUCCCCCGACGAGGCCAACUUUGAGGACGCGGUCGACGGGGAUCCCAUGGACGUCGAGGACGACGAGGAUGACGAUGACAAUGACAACGAGGACGAGGACGCCGAUGCCUAGACUCUUCCUCUCUUUUCUUUCCUACUAUGAUUGCAUCUUUUUUUUAUCUCAAUUCCGUUGUAUUCUGCAUUUCCCUUCGUUUAAUGAAUAAAAGUUCACUUU